AUGGCACGACGGUUAAGAUUGCAUUUUGCUACCCAAAGAAGCAACACAGAUCCAUUAUCGGAAACCUCUGAAGAUGUUUUGGAUAGUAACAAUUGCACGUACUUCAAAAAAUCACAGAAUUCUGCACCUAAUGUUACACAAAUGAAACUGACUCCUAGACAAGUUGCUUAUGCACCUGUAAUGCAACAAGUAAUUAAGCAAGAGGAAAGUGCAACUAUUUCUUCAUUGCAAAUAAAAAAGAGCACCUCGCUGCACAUUUCUUUACAGUCUAGAAAGCAUAGUGGAUGUUUUCGGUCUGGUGAUGCUGUAGCUACUAGCGAAGACACUUCAUUCAUUGGUAUUGGUAAUGAAGGAAAUUGUGGCGCUAGAAUUGUGGUUGAUCAUCGAUCUAAUGAUGGCCUUCUGAGUAAUACUCCUCUGUGCAAUGGCAGUCCUGGCAGUAUUGCAGCCAGUGACAGUGGGUCGUUCAGCAGUGCUGGCAGUGACUAUGGAUCAUGUGCAAGUACCACAAGUGAUGGAGGUUCAUAUAGUAACAGUGUCAUCAGUGACAGUGGUAGUGGCACUCUUUCAACGAGUGAUGGUACUUUCUGUAGUAGUGUUGUACAUGGUGAUUCUUCAUAUAGAAGCACUGCAAACAGAUGUAAUCCCUAUAGGAACAACUCAUCUCAGGAAACUCUGUGUAGAAGUAAUACUACUUUUGACCAAGAUGCUUUGUCAGUGAGGAAGAAAACUAAAAUUCCACUGCGACGUUGUUCAUCACUGGUUAUUUUCCCUAGGAGUCCUUCCAGUACUCCUCCAGCUUCUCCAGUGAGCUCAGGUCAACUACCACAUAGAGGUGCCUAUCAAACAUCCCAUAAAUUAAUUAUUUCUCCUAGUGAGCUGGCACAAAAAGAAGAUCAAAGCAUUUCCAAGGGAUUCCUUUCAACAGCAGUCAAUGGCGUUCGACUGUCUAAAACAGUUUGCUCUUCUGGCGAAGUCAGAGACAUACGACCACUUUACUCGAAUGCAUCAUUACAGGACAAAAGUCAAAUUUUGAAUCCUUCUGAGCAGGCAACUUGUGAAGAAGUAUCUGAUGGCUUCUCCUGUAUUUCAGUUCAUCUCACUCAAAGAGCAUUUGCAUCAAGCAGUGAAAUGGUUAAUGGCUGUUGCAGUCCAGAGUUAAAUCUGAACUCCAGUGCAAAAUACCCUCAUGUAAAACUGGCACGUAGCACAUCUGCAUGUUUACCCUCAAAAACAGAUUCAGAAUAUCAGAUUAAUAUAAAUGAACUAGAAAGACCGAAUGCACAGAUGAGCAAAACCCACCAUGUUUUGCAAAGAAGUGUUUCGUUGGAAGGAUCACGUCAAAAAGUUUCUUGCUGUUUAUCCAGCCUUAAAUACAACUGUCAUAGUGCAAGGACGUCUCAGUUGCACAUACAGUUCAAACCUGGGAAUGAAGGAAAACCAACUGGUGUUAAGAAAAGAUAUGGAACCUCUAAAAGGGAAAUGACUGAAGAUCUGCAUUUUAAUUCCAUGAAGACAGAAAAUCCAAAUAUGGAGAGACCAUAUACGUUUAAGGAUUUUGUUCUUCAUCCAAGAAGCCAUAAAUCAAGAGUUAAAGGCCACCUUAGAUUAAAAAUGACUUACUUACCUAAAAGCAAUGGGUCUGAAGAAGAAACCACAGAACAGGCUGAAGAAUUAGAGCCUGGGUGGAUUAUAUUGGACCAACCAGAUGCUGCUAGCCAGCCACAACAUUCUCCUCCACUGCCUCCAGGCUGGGAAGAAAGGCAAGACAUCCUCGGCAGGACCUACUAUGUCAAUCAUGAAUUCAGAAGAACACAGUGGAAAAGACCAACUGCUCAGGACAACAUAGCUGUUGCAGAUGUUGGUAGUGUGCAGUUGGAGGCCCAGCAUGUGUUCACUCAUCGGCGACAGAUAUCAGAGGAUACAGAAAAUCUAGACAGCAGAGAUUCCCCCGAGAGCUGGGAAAUUAUAACUGAAGACGAGGCAACAAUGUAUAGCAAUCAGAACCUUCAAAUACCUCUCUCUCAGAGUAAUUGUGAUAUACAGACUCAUCUUGCAGAAGAACUGAAUACCAGACUUACUACCUCUGGAAGUUCAGCUACUGGACAGUUAUCAGCUACUGGCCACCAUUCCAGCAGAAGAGGUAGUCUGCAAACAUACAGAGUUGAAGAGCAGCCUGCACAUCCAGUGUUACUGCCUACUUCAUCUGGAUUACCACCAGGCUGGGAAGAACGUCAAGAUGAAAAAGGGAGGUCAUAUUAUAUAGAUCACAAUUCUAGAACCACUACCUGGAUUAAGCCAGUCGUACAGAUUGCUGUGGAAACAGGUCAGUUGUCAGCUGCGCAAAGUACUUCUAUAGGAAGACAACCACAAGCAACAUCAAGUGAUUCAUCACAACAGUCUCCUCAGCAGCAGCCUGAAAUGGAGCAAGGAUUUCUCCCUAAAGGCUGGGAGGUCCGACAUGCACCCAAUGGCAGACCAUUCUUUAUUGACCACAACACCAAAACUACAACAUGGGAAGAUCCAAGACUGAAAAUUUCUGCUCAUCCGAGGAGAAAAACUUCCUUAGAUCCAGUAGACCUGGGCCCAUUACCACCGGGGUGGGAAGAGAGAACUCACACAGAUGGAAGAAUAUUCUUCAUAAACCACAAUACAAAGAGAACACAAUGGGAGGAUCCUCGACUGCAGAAUGUGGCAAUAACUGGACCAGCUGUGCCUUACUCCAGGGACUACAAGCGGAAGUAUGAGUUCUUCAGAAAGAAAUUGAAGAAACAGAGUGAUAUUCCAAAUAGAUUUGAAAUGAAAAUUCAUCGCACAACAAUCCUUGAAGAUUCUUAUAGAAGAAUUAUAGCUGUAAAGAGAGCAGAUUUCCUUAAAGCAAGACUUUGGAUUGAAUUUGAUGGUGAAAAAGGUUUAGACUAUGGAGGAGUGGCCAGGGAAUGGUUCUUCCUUCUCUCUAAAGAAAUGUUUAAUCCUUACUAUGGAUUGUUCGAAUAUUCAGCUACAGAUAACUAUACUCUGCAGAUCAAUCCAAACUCUGGACUUUGCAAUGAAGAUCAUCUCUCUUAUUUCAAGUUCAUAGGUCGUGUAGCUGGAAUGGCUGUUUACCAUGGCAAACUUUUGGAUGCCUUUUUUAUUCGUCCUUUUUACAAGAUGAUGCUCCAAAAACCAAUAACGCUUCAUGAUAUGGAGUCUGUGGAUAGUGAAUAUUACAAUUCUCUGAGAUGGAUUCUUGAAAAUGAUCCAACAGAACUGGACCUCAGAUUUAUAGUUGAUGAAGAACUUUUUGGUCAGACCCAUCAGCAUGAACUGAAAAGUGGUGGAUCAGAAAUAGUUGUCACCAACAAGAACAAGAGAGACUACAUUCAUCUUGUAAUUCAGUGGAGAUUUGUGAGCAGAGUACAGAAACAAAUGGCAGCCUUUAAAGAGGGCUUUUUUGAACUAAUACCACAGGAUCUGAUUAAAAUUUUUGAUGAAAAUGAGUUAGAGUUAUUAAUGUGUGGACUGGGAGAUGUGGAUGUGGCUGAUUGGAAACUACAUACAAAAUACAAAAAUGGCUACAACAUAAACCAUCAAGUAAUACAGUGGUUCUGGAAGGCAGUCUUAAUGAUGGACUCUGAAAAGAGAAUAAGAUUACUUCAAUUUGUUACUGGCACAUCGCGCGUACCUAUGAAUGGGUUUGCUGAGCUAUAUGGUUCAAAUGGACCACAGUUGUUUACAGUUGAACAGUGGGGUACCCCUGAAAAACUGCCAAGAGCUCAUACCUGCUUUAAUCGCUUGGAUUUGCCUCCGUAUGACUCAUUUGAAGAUUUAUGGGAUAAACUUCUUCUAGCGAUUGAAAAUACUCAGGGUUUUGAUGGGGUUGAUUAAGACACAGACAUAAAUUAUAUCGGUCCAGUGCUGCAAUUUCAUUCUAAGGGUUUACAAACAAAUUUGAAUUUUCCAGGGACUACC